UAGUAGCAAGCUCAGAUGUAGUUGACAGUGUACGUGUGGGUCCAAGUAAAACACAUAGCCUACCUGCUACUUUUGUUUUCUGUUGGUAUGAGUCAGACUUCCUUUGUAAAAGCAAUUGAAGACUUAAAAUUCAGAAUCUGAAUGACUGCAGUCCACACCUUGCGUUUUGGAGUCGGUCAGUAUUUCUGAAAAGCUUCUUGCCCUUUUCCAACAGUAGGAGUUUUUUGCCCUCUUUUAUUUAUGUACUUAAUUGUAGUGAUUUAGUAGACUCCUUGUAUCUCUGUUUAUUUUCGUCCUGUCUCUGGUGUCAGUACGACAGCUGUUUUUUUUUUUGUCAGUGACCGAGCAUCACACUUAAUUGGAUUUCAUUGGGUGACAGGCAUUGUGUCCGGCAUAUCUGAAUGUAUUAGCGAGGGACUACUGUAUCCUUAAGCAGUUAAAGAGCUGUGUCAGUACAGCAGAGAUUCAAUACUACUGUAUGGUACAGAUGUUAAUUAUACAGCAUGUCACAUUACGUGCAGUUUGUCAUGUACUGUACCUCGUGUAAUGAGUGGGAGACACACAGAACAUAAUCCCCUCUGCACAUUCUCUCUGGGGAGCUUCAGCCAUUCGUUUCAAACAACAGGGGAAUAUUUAAUGAGUCGAUAGGAGCGUUAACCACAGAGGGUUAACAAUCGUAUCAGUGCGACAAUCAAACUAAUGGUAACAGCCAAGGCAAUUAUUUUAUAAGGACAAGAGGAAGGCAAAAACAAGCUGUGAGGACUAUGAAAACUGACAUGCGUGAACACAUACGCCCACGCAUGCACAUGCGGCAGUCUCAUCCCUCUUUUUUUCUGCCUAAUCUCUUUUUCACUUUCAUCUUUUUUCAUAUAUACAAUUCCCCCACUGUAUUACAUUGAAUUUGAUUGUAAAUGGUGUGAGAUGGAGCUACAUGUGCUAAAAUGAGCUAAAUUUCACUGCUGUUUAAUAGAAGCAGUUAGAUUGAAAACGAGUUCCAAAGAAAAAAAGAUACCUACUGUAUUAACAAUUAAAAACAACAACAAAAAAAUUGAAAGAACAUAACAAUUACAUUUUAGCCUAAGCACCUCAUAAUUUAUAACAUUCCAUUUCCACAUGUCAGCUGUUGUUUACAUUGCCUUUGCCAACAACUGUAAAAUAUUAAAGUCCCUAUUCUCCCUAUUCCACGAUACUGCCAGCAUAGCCAGACUUACUGAUGCAAUAACAAAACAAUAAAAAACAAACCAAAAAAAAAAGUACAGCCCUUGGAAACAUGGGGACUGUUAUUUCUGUCUGGAGAGGUAGUAGCAAACAUAAUCAUUAAAGUAAAAUUCAUAUGAUGCAGUAUGCUUUGCAUUGUGCAGUUUCUCCUCAUUAGGUAUUUUGCUUAGUUAAACCAGCAGCUGAGUUACUAGAAAAGGAAUGACCCUCUUUCUUAGAUGAAGACACAAUGGCUGCGUGGGUGGUGCUUGUAAAAAAGUGAUAUGUGCAAGUGUGGGUAGAGGAAAUUCAACACACAAGGCUGGACCGUAGGGAAUGCACUGUGCAAGUGCAAAGAGACAGAAAAGGGAACAUAAACGUAAAGCGCUCCAGUUCUUUCUCAGAAUUGUAUUUGAUUUUUAUGGAGCCUGCGUGUGGUGGGUCUGGGGCCAUCUCACUAGCACUGUGUUUGUCCUUCGGGGAUUGUUCUUACCAGGCAGGUCUUGAGUGUAAAGAUAAUUACACCGUUCAGGAGACUCAUUCUUUGUGCAGAGAACAGAAAGGAAAUGGAAGACUGGAUCACCUCAUUAAAAUCUGUACAGUCCAGAGAGCAUUACGAGGGAUGCACAACUGGUAUGCCUGCUCCCACGCCCGCCCCACCUUCUGCAACGUGUGCCGGGACAGCCUCUCAGGGGUCACCUCCCACGGCCUCUCAUGUGAAGUGUGCAAGUUCAAGGCACAUAAGAGAUGUGCAGUCAGGGCCACCAACAACUGCAAGUGGACAACGCUGGCCUCCAUAGGAAAAGACAUUAUUGAGGAUGAGGAUGGGAUUGCAAUGCCACAUCAGUGGCUGGAAGGUAACCUCCCCGUUAGUGCCAAGUGUGCUGUGUGUGACAAGACAUGUGGCAGUGUUCUCAGGCUGCAGGACAGGCGCUGCCUGUGGUGUAAAGCCAUGGUGCACACUGCCUGUAAAGACCUGUACCCCCGAAAGUGCCCGCUUGGGCAGUGCAAAGUGUCCAUCAUUCCACCGACUGCCCUCAACAGCAUUGACUCGGACGGCUUCUGGAAAGCAACCUGCCCUCCAUCUUGUGCCAGUCCUCUGCUAGUCUUUGUUAACUCCAAGAGCGGAGACAAUCAGGGUGUGAAGUUCCUGCGCAGGUUCAAACAGUUACUCAACCCUGCUCAGGUGUUUGAUUUAGUGAACGGAGGCCCUCAUUUAGGUUUACGCUUGUUUCAGAAAUUUGACAAUUUCCGAAUCCUAGUGUGUGGAGGUGAUGGAAGUGUUGGCUGGGUUCUGUCUGAAAUUGACAAGCUAAACCUUCACAAACAGUGCCAGCUGGGAGUGUUGCCCUUGGGUACUGGGAACGACCUCGCCCGCGUCCUUGGCUGGGGAGCAUCAUGUGACGACGACACACAGCUUCCUCAAAUCCUGGAGAAGCUAGAGCGAGCCAGCACAAAGAUGCUCGACAGAUGGAGUAUAAUGACAUAUGAAAUAAAAAUACCUCCAAAGCAGAGCUAUCCGCUUACUCCAGAGGAAGAAUCUGAGGAAUGUGAACUUCAGAUUUCGUCUUAUGAAGAUUCGGUCGCUGCCCAUCUCACAAAGAUCCUUAACUCUGACCAGCACUCCGUCGUCAUAUCAUCUGCAAAGGUUUUAUGUGAAACUGUCAAGGACUUUGUUGCCAAAGUAGGCAAAUCCUAUGAGAAAACAACAGAGAACACCAAUGAGGCUGAAGCCAUGUCCAUGAAAUGUGAAGUAUUGAAUGAGAAGCUGGACUCCCUGCUUCGGACUCUAAACACCGAGGUCAAGGCCACGGCCCGCCCACCCCAUAGCACCCCACCAAUCGUAGAGGAGGAAGGCGAGGAGGAGGAGGAGCUAGAGGAGGAGGAGGAGGAGGCAGAGGAGGAGGAGCUGAGUGAGGAGUCGCUGACCGAGUUGAAGAAGCUGGAAGAAAAUCUCACCGAAAAGCCGUCCCCGCAUACAUUCUUCAAACCGAGAGAGCAGCUCAUGCUGCGAGCCAACAGCCUGAAAAAAGCAGUGAGGCAAAUCAUAGAGCAGACGGAAAAAGUUGUGGAUGAGCAGAACGCCCACACCCAGGAACAAGCGAUCCAGUCCCCGACAGAGUUCAAGAAAGGAAACGAGGAGGAGAACAAAGACGAUGAGAAGGACGAAGACACCAAGGAGUUAGAGGCACAAUCAACAGCCAAAACAACUCCGAAAUCCCCUCUAGAGAGCCGGAUCAGUCGCAGCACGCAGUCCUACAGUGGCUCCUUCUCCAUUCCUCACUUCACUACCAGCAAAGAAAAUCUGCCAGUAUUGAACACCAGGAUCAUCUGCCCAGGUUUAAGAGCUGGACUGGCUGCAUCCAUUGCAGGAAGUUCUAUCAUCAGUAAAAUGCUGCUGGCCAACAUCGAUCUCUUUGGAGCAACGCCAUUCAUUGAUGCAGACCCGGAUUCACUAGAAGGCUACUUAGAGAGAUGCGUCAUGAACAACUAUUUUGGGAUCGGAUUGGAUGCAAAGAUCUCACUGGAGUUUAACAAUAAACGGGAGGAGCACCCAGAAAAAUGCAGGAGCCGCACAAAGAACAUGAUGUGGUACGGUGUCCUUGGCACUAAAGAGCUACUGCAGAGGACUUACAAAAAUCUGGAGCAAAAAGUCCAAUUGGAGUGUGACGGACAGUACAUACCCCUCCCCAGUCUCCAAGGCAUCGCUGUGUUGAACAUUCCAAGCUAUGCUGGUGGAACCAACUUUUGGGGCGGAACCAAGGAGGAUGAUAUCUUUUGUGCUCCAUCGUUCGAUGAUAAGAUCUUGGAGGUUGUUGCCGUGUUUGGAAGCAUGCAGAUGGCAGUUUCACGAGUUAUAAAACUGCAACAUCACAGGAUAGCGCAGUGCCGCUCUGUGAAGAUCACAAUCCUGGGAGAUGAAGGGGUUCCCAUACAAGUAGAUGGAGAGGCCUGGAUUCAGCCCCCCGGGGUCAUCAAAAUUAUUCAUAAAAACAGAGCCCAGAUGCUGACGAGAGACAGGGCUUUCGAGAACACGCUGAAGUCAUGGGAGGACAAGCUGAAGUACGACAAAUCGGCACUGCGGCCCCACCUGUACUCCCAGCAAUCAGUGGACCUGGCCACAGAAGAGGAGGUUGUCCAGAUCCAGAUGUGCUCGAGGGCAGCGGAGGAGCUCAUUACCAGGAUCUGUGAAGCAGCGCAAUCCCACAGCCUGCUGGAGCAGGAGUUGGCUCACGCAGUCAACGCGUCCUCACACGCACUCAACAAAACCCACCCCAAGUUCCGAGAGAGCCUAACGAGAAACACAGCCAUUGAAAUUGCAAGCAACGUGAAAGCUCUACACAAUGAAACAGAAUCUUUACUUGUUGGAAGAGUACCACUGCAAUUGGAGCUGCCCCAUGAGGAGCUGCUGUCCAGCGCCCUGCAGAGUGUGGAGAUGGAGCUGAGGAAACUCGCUGAAAUCCCCUGGCUUUAUCACGUCCUGCAACCCAAUGACGAAGAGGAGCACUCAAUGGAGUAUGGUAAAAGGAACAGUAGAAGCACCAUGUUUCGUAUUGUGCCAAAGUUCAAGAAAGAGAAGAUCCAAAGGCAUAAGGCAAACCCUCAGUCAGUUCAAAGGUGGGGCACAGACGAAGUGGCUGCUUGGCUGGAUCUGCUCAGCUUGGGAGAGUACAAAGAAAUCUUCAUCCGCCACGACAUCAGAGGCUCCGAGCUGCUGCACCUGGAGAGGCGAGACCUGAAGGACCUGGGGAUAUCGAAGGUGGGCCAUAUGAAGCGAAUUCUCCAGGGAAUUAAAGAACUCGCCAAGAACACCCUGUCAGACCUGUAAGCUUCCACAGUCUGCCUGAGUGAGGGAGGAUCAUUUCUCAGCCUUCAAGACCCCCAGUGCUUUAAAUAUAAACAAGGAGAGAGGGGGGCGAGAGCUUGGGACAGACUGAAAGAAACUUGCAUGGAAGGAGAGAGGGGGCUUGUUUAUGUUUCAGGGAGAGGAAUGUUGGAUCUGUUAUGAUUUUUAAAAGGUUUGUGCCAAAAGAAAGAAAGAUAUAAGAAGUUGUAAAUCUUUUUAAAAGCCAUUUAAUGUUGUGCACGCAUGGCACAGCCACAUAUGCACCUGUUGGUUUAUAAAAAAAUUUAAAAAGCAGGAGUGUUUACACAAACCUGCCUUACCACAGAAAUACAGAAGUAGCAAAAUGUAGGACUUCCAAAACGAGCGUGCCAUCGAUCUGAGUGGGGCUUCAAUUAGCAUAUCACUUUAAGACAGACCAUCGGCUUUGGCAACGUGAGAAAACACUUCAGAAAUGACUAGCAUACUGUAGAACAGAUGGGAGCUGGCCAGUUGUUGCUUUUUUAUUAUUAAACACUGGCCAAGCCCUUGGACAUAUCAAUCAGUGACCAAGUAUGAGAAUGUUUGAAAGGCUAAGAAACCUGUGUACUGCAGUGACAUUAUAAUGCAUGGUGUGCCUGCCUGGCUUGGAAUUAUCUUCUACUGCAUGGUAUUGCAUUUAUUGUACUUUUGUUUUUUACAAGCGAAAAAACACUUGAACAACUUUUAUAUCUAUUUAAUAUCAUGUCAUUUGUUACUACUGAAGUAUCUCCUUGCUCUAAAGUAGCCUUUUUUCUAUUCUUUGCAUGAAACUAUUGUGACAAGGACUUGUAGGUGUGAACCGUAGCAUCUGUGCCAUAUUGGUUGUGCAUUAUAUGACUAAGUUAUUUAUUAUGUAGUGUGAUUUAUCCAUAGGAGAUUACGAUAGGAUUGAGUUUUAAACUAGGAUUUUAUUACAAGGCUAUCUCCCAGAAUUAUCCCCAAAGGUUAAAAAACGAAAAAGGAAAUACAAUUUUGUUUUUAAUUUAAACUAAAAAGGAAACCCCACUAUAAUAUUCAAACUAUUGAAUAGCUCUGUGACAACCAGUACCAAAUGAAUGUGUUCAAAUGAAUUUUUAUCGAGCUAUUUCCCUUUAACAUUCAGCUUGGAUGAAAUCAUUUGGAUUUCAACAACGUGAGACACUCAGUCAUCAUGACAGUUUUCUGAUACGCUGUUGCUGAGGGUGUGUUUUAGUCUUUAAAAAGCAUCAGUUAUCGUUUUAAAUAACAACAAAAUCCUGGAUCCAGUACAUACAAUACAAUACAAUCGGCUUAGUUCUGUGAGGUAGUCUGUUGCUGAAUCUAUUGUGAUAGAUAGCCAAUGCACUACUUUUAUCUCUGUGUUUCUAUGGUUAUAUAUGGGUUAAAAUCCAGACUAAUGCAGCUGACUUGCAUCACUUGCAAAAGAGUAACACAAAGAAAAUGCACAUCAUUAAUAUCAUUAUUUAUAAUCCUUUUAUUACCUAUAGUAAUAUAGACAGAUCAAUCCAUGUAUUGUGUGUAUAUAUUGCACCUGAGCGCUGUGCAUUUAGAAUAGACGUGAUUUAUUCCACACAAGCAAGAUACAUCUUGCAAUAUAUCCUGAUUGUGGUGCAAUAUUUUAUUUAUUUGAUGAUGAUGAUGAUUUUUAUUUAAUGUUUUACUUCAAAUGUCUUUUUAAUGCAGAACAACAAAACAAUCUUUGCCAGUUUCUCACCAAUCAAAACCUUUGAAUGUCAAUUUAAAAGAUCAUGGGGCCGGUAAAAAAUAAAUAAAAAAAUGGGCUGACGUACUUAAAAAUGCUUCCAAAAGAUCAGCAAUCAACAUAUUCAACUAUGCUUCCUAGUGAGAGCAUUUGCCAAAAAGGAAGAGUGACCAUAUUAUUGAUGAACUACCAAAUGAAAAUAAUUAUAAACAGUAUGUUUGGUUUAGUCGUAAGCAGUUAUUCCACCGUCAGCUUCUUAGAUGUUUGCAAUCAUGGUACAGACACUGCAAGCACACAAUAGGUAAUCAUAGGGAACCCCUUUGCAUGCAAUACCUAAUCAUAGGAAACCCCCUUGCACUCAAUAUGUAAUCCUAGGGAACUCCCUUGCACACAAUACAUAAUUGAUCCAGCAGGGGGCACAGUUAGCACAUAAGACCACCAUUCCAUAACUGAAGCGUCUUGUUGGGUUAAUGUCUGUAAGAAGCAGAAUGUAGCUCCAUUUACUGACUCGUGUGCUGCAUAAAGUAUCAUUGUCACUAAAAGUGCACCUGUGCUAAAAGAAUUGUGCUGUCAAACCUGCUUAUAUUGACCAUUCAAGUGGUCAAUAUUGACAGGUGUUCUUAUUAAAAGGAAUCUCUGAUUACCUCUGAUUUGUAAGUCAGUCUCAGUUUGGAUGACACAGUCUGCACUGUAGCUGUGCCAUGUCUUCCUAACCUUGGAACCCCUGGAAUGGAAGAUGGCUCUCAUUUACUUGUGUACUUUAUUAAAUCAACAUGUGAUUUUGUACAUAAUCCUUGUGUUUCUGUACAUGAUUGAAUUAUUAUGAAAGAGAGCCUACAUGACAUAGGCAGUCAGAAAAGUUUGAAGUGAAAUAGGCAGAAAAGUCAAAUACUGAGCCCUGCGAUUUCCGUUUUUUAUGCAGAAGUGUGUGUACUCUAUUUCACUACUUAAAUCACCCCUUGUAAGAUAUUCAGUCUGUAUUAUUUAAAUUCAAGCCCAGGAAGUUGAGCGUUGAUUUUAAAAAUUGCAGUGGCCAGGUUUGAGAAAAAGCCCAGCUCUGUUUCUCUAUAAACAGAAUUUGGCACAUUUCACAUCUUGAAACUAGUCUUGUGAUGCAGAUGUCCUUCAGACUUGCAUGCAGGCAAAGAGCUGUUUUGCUUCUGAUCUUCAAUGACAUUUGGUGCACUAAUAAUGUUUACCACAAUUCUGACUAUUCAUAUCUGUACCUCUUUGAAGUAUUCUCUAACCUUUAUAUACUACAGUUCUGAUAACUGGUUAUCAGUCGUCUAGGAUAUUUUAAUAUCUGUCUGGGUGGCUCCAGUGUUGGUAUAUAUUAUAUAUUAGUGGUGUGAAAAAUUGUGUAAUUUGAUAUUUUAUACAAGAAUGCAUUUUUAGUUCAUUUUUUACUGCUGUUGCUUAUUUAGGUUGAAAUGCUCUGUUAAAAGAUUGCUUAUUUACUUGAUAUUACAACAGUAAUAAUUUCUGCUGUUUACAAACCCAGGCCAAUAACCUUUUCUAUAUGAAAUUAUGUUUAAUUUUUUUGCAAUGCAGAAUCUGCAGUGACCCGUUCAAGCAUUUAAAUCUAGCUUGUAUACAAAACUGUUUUUACCCUUUUUUUUUUUUUUUUUAAAUCAAACACUGCCCAAACUUAAGCAACUUACAGUAUUAUUUUCAGUCUGCAGAAUCACAAUGCAGUGGCCAGGGAUUUUGCAGAUUUAGUGGCUGGGGUGUCUUUUUUAAAUAAUAAACUUGUAAGUCCUGUUUCUGUAGCAGCCAGGGAAGAAAUCGAUUUUCUUGGGCUUGAUUGUUUACUAGACGUCAGCAAGUUUGCUUUUCUGAAGCCUGCUGGCGUGGAAGCACAGCGUAAGAAAGAGUUAUCGUUCACCUGAUCCACGGUAGUGCUUUGACUUGAGCAUGUUGACGUCAUGAAGGUGUGCUCUGGGUGUCUCAAUGCAACCUGAAGAAAUCCAGCAAAAAUUAGUAUCUCCCUUCGGUAUUGCUGCAGAACUGUAACAUAAAAUAUCAAUCAAAAUCAGCUUUCAUUUUUAUUUUUUAUAACAAGAGGCGACACGGGAGUAACAGGGGAAGGUGUUUUAUAAAAAGAAAGAACAGUAUUGUGUAUGGAUUCAAAUCCCAGAUCAGCACAUAGUGUGGCAUGCCAGUAUACCUCCUUGUGCCUCAGUCCUUCCCCCAGACUGCAAGCCAGGAUUCCAGUGGAAACAAAUACUGCAGCUUAGUUCAUUUCACUGGGGGUAAGAACAUUUGAUUUCAAUAUCAGUUGUUGAGUUCAAUCAGGGAACAAGACAUUUUUGUCACUUCCCUUUAUGCUGAAUGUUGUAAUAAAUGAAAAUCAACUACUUUUUUUUUUUUUUUAGAUAUUUAAUCAUGAAUUAAUUCCAUACUAAACUAAUUUCAUCAAACUUUUACUCUGCAAGAGCCCUUUAUUGUCCAGAGAGACUGUUAAGUCAUCUUUCACAUUUCUUUUAACUAUUUGGGAGGGUUUGCCCGUUUCUUUCAGCUUUAAUGCUAGACUGAUAACCAAAGAUUAAGGAAUAACGUGGUACCAGUGUUCUAGUAAAAACUGUACAGACAUGUGCAAUAUGCCCACUUAUUGGAAUAUGUAUUUGUUGGGUGUAGGGAUUCCUUAGUGGCACCAGCUGCACAUGAAGUAUGUUCUAAGCACCAACCAGUAGCUAAAACGGUAUUUUGGUGUCCAGUCUCUAUUUGAAGAAUGAGAUCAGUGGUACAUUAGUGUAUGGCUGCAGUUGUAUGGCUUGAAUAGGAUUUCAGACACCUUGCUCAGUGUUAAUGCAUGACACUUAAACAUACAGGAGCUCCUCUUCCAUUCACCUCCCAGAUCAUUGGAAAGAAUAGCUGAAAUACAGUAACUGAACCCUAAUAAUAAUAAUAAUAAUAAUAAUAAUAAAGAAACAAAAAUGGGUUUGAUGUAACAUGUUUAAUUUAAAUAACAAUGCUACAAUCUCUUCCUGCUUCUAAUUAUUAUUAUUAUUAUUAUUAUUAUUAUUAUUAUUAUUAUUAUUAUUAUUAUUAUUAUUAUUAUUAUUAUUAUUUAUUUAGUUAUUAGCUUACCCAGGGCGACUUACAGUUGUAUACAAAAAAUUCAUAUCAAGAAUUACAGUACAGUUAAGAGCAAGAUACGAAAUACAAUGACUUCAGUCCUAAUAAGAGCAAAUACAAAACACAGUACGAUUUGAUAUCGAGGCAGUUCAAGAGCAGAUAACAGUGUUGAUAGUUACAUCAGGGUUAGAUACUAGUGCAAGUGAAAUACAAAUUACUACAGAUUGGGUUAAGUGCAGGAUUAAAUACAGUAAAAUAGGGAGCAGAUAAUAAUAAUAAUAAUAAUAAUAAUAAUAAUAAUAAUAAUAAUAAUAAUACAUCUUUAUUACGGACAUUAGUCUUUGCCACAACUUGUUCUGUAACCCUGUUUACCCUAUAUAUCCGUGCUUCUGUAACCCUGUUUACCCUAUAUAUCCAUGCUUCUGUAACCCUGUUUACCCUAUAUAUCCGUGCUUCUGUAACCCUGUUUACCCUAUAUAUCCAUGCUUCUGUAACCCUGUUUACCCUAUAUAUCCAUGCUUCUGUAACCCUGUUUACCCUAUAUGUCCGUGCUUCUGUAACCCUGUUUACCCUAUAUAUCCGUGCUUCUGUAACCCUGUUUACCCUAUAUAUCCGUGCUUCUGUAACCCUGUUUACCCUAUAUAUCCGUGCUUCUGUAACCCUGUUUACCCUAUAUAUCCGUGCUUCUGUAACCCUGUUUACCCUAUAUAUCCGUGCUUCUGUAACCCUGUUUACCCUAUAUAUCCGUGCUUCUGUAACCCUGUUUACCCUAUAUAUCCAUGCUUCUGUAACCCUUUUUACCCUAUAUAUCCGUGCUUCUGUAACCCUGUUUACCCUAUAUAUCCGUGCUUCUGUAACCCUGUUUACCCUAUAUAUCCAUGCUUCUGUAACCCUUUUUACCCUAUAUAUCCGUGCUUCUGUAACCCUGUUUACCCUAUAUAUCCGUGCUUCUGUAACCCUGUUACCCUAUAUAUUCGUGCUUCUGUAACCCUGUUUACCCUAUACAUCCGUGCUUCUGUAACCCUGUUUACCCUAUACAUCCAUGCUUCUGUAACCCUGUUUACCCUAUAUAUCCGUGCUUCUGUAACCCUGUUUACCCUAUAUAUCCGUGCUUCUGUAACCCUGUUUACCCUAUACAUCCGUGCUUCUGUAACCCUGUUUACCCUAUAUAUCCGUGCUUCUGUAACCCUGUUUACCCUAUAUAUCCGUGCUUCUGUAACCCUGUUUACCCUAUAUAUCUGUGCUUCCUAACAAUGCUCCAGUUGAUUACAUGAUUGUGAAGGAUGUUUUUUUAAGCCUUGUUCCUCCGUUGGAAUACGUGUGGCUAUCAAUUUAAUGAAAAGAUGACUGUAGUUACUGUUACUUUUUACACAUGUCAAUGGUUGGUGUAACUUACUGUGUUGCUUGAUGUGCAGUUGCUGCUUAAACAUGACAAGGUGGAAGUCUUGUACUUCCUGUAAUAGCUAACCAUGGUAUCUCAUUGACACUGGCACUGUAGGAAAGGAGUAAACAUUCGAAAUGACACUCUCCGCACUAUUAAGAAUUGUAUUUUUCCCCCUCUGAAAGGAUGGCUUUGCUUCACACAGUGGCAUCACCAAGUAAACCAGGCCACUCAAAAUCUACACUCCAAAAAUGCAUUUCUGAACUUCAUUUACGAAGCCUUAAGGAACCGAAAGUCUAUUUCUUUUGAACUUUUUUUUUUUUGUAUUAUCAUUUCUCAACAUGUGCUGUUUGCCGCCUCAAAUAUACUGCAGUGCUCAGGCACAGAGGGGUCUGCUUUAAUGAUCUAAACAGUUUCUCAUAUUUUUACAGAAGUAAAUAAAGAGACUAGCAUGCCCAGCUGGGUGUUUGAUUUUCAAAACCUUUGUCGUUUGGAUCAAUUCAAUGUACCCCACUGCAUCCAAAGUGCUGCCUUUCACCCUGGCUUAUUUUAGUAACAUGGCAUAUAUUUUGCAGUAAGUUUUUCAAAGGGUGUUGAUGUCACUGGAUUUUCCAGAUGCAUUGAUAUGUGAAGCUUUAAACUGCCAGGUUUCACACCAAUUGAUCUGACUGAACUAUUUACAGAGCAGAAUAAUGUAUCGUUGACGUUGUGUUAAUAACGCUAAGGAGAAGUGUUUUAUUUGUUUACAUACUGUUUACAAGGGCACAGUUUUAUUUUUAAUAUUAUAUAUACAAUAUUUGAGUAUUUAUUGCAUACAAUUUAAGAAAAUGUUUAAUGUGUUUUCACCUUUGGAAUAUAAUGUUACAUUUACUUGUAUAGAUAUUUGGGUGACUUUGUUAAUGUAGUAAUUUUUAUGACUACUAAGUGACUGUUUUUCUGUGCCUUUGUAUGGUAGAAUGCAUGAUUAUUUCCUAUUUAUUACUGUAUGGAAUUCACUGAGAUGUGUAUUUUUGUAUUCUGCUGGAAUCAGUGGUUCAAUUUUGUUGUACAUUUUGAGGUGCCUAUAGACAAAAGGCAGCCAGUUUAAAAUCUUCCUACUCAAAUAAAACUGAAUGCAUUCACAGUU